UUUUUUUCCCCAAAUCGGAUUGCACGCUUUUGCAGAUUAUGCGUGUCGAUUUUUGUUAUGAUAAUGUAGGUGUUUUUUCUUGCUGCUGUUUGAUACAUAUUUGUCCCAGUAGGCAAAAUAAUGUGGUUAAAUUGUGCAAUUAACCAAUCUAUAUGUCCAUUUAUAUUCCCAACUUGGCAGAUGACAUGCAUGUAUUUUCCCCCAAUCUGCAGGUUAUUCUCAUUGUGGUCUAUGUACAUCUCAGGUUUUGUUUGGGAGAAUAUUACUUUGUAAGACCGUCAGAGAGUGAAUAAUGGACCUUUGAUUCCUCUGUUUUUUUUUGAGUGACUGAACCAUCCAUGUCAUGUUUUUAUGGUAACUGUUUUCUUUUAUACGACAUUUGUUUAUAUGACAUUGUGGCCUGUAGGACAGACUAUUAGGAAGCUCCUUCAAACAGGUCGCACUAAAGUUUUGGAUGUUGUGUGGCUAAUUAAUUGUUAUGUUUGGCAUAAAACCGAUAAAUAGUCAAUAUUGAGUUGAGUGAUAGCAUCAUGCACCUCCUGCUUUGUUGAACAGCCAGUGCUUUUUCUUCUUGUAUCACAUCUUAUUAGUUUUCAUGUUUAGUUAAUUGAGUUGUGGAGAUGGAUUGCUACUUUCUAAAAUAACUUGACCUUCCUCUUCUCCCUUGAUUUGUCUUGUUUUUAGAACUGAUGUUUCUAUCCAGUCUCUUACUCUGGUCCUACCACAAUAUAUGCCACACUUGAACUGGGAAAAAUAAUUUAGGAGGUGAUUAUUUCUAGUUCAUGUUCUGUUUAGCAUGUCCUUUAUGAAAGAUGAGGUAAUUAGUUUUCCUUAAUAUUUUGACAUUAAAUUUGCACAAGUGAGCUAGAUCUUAUCAUUGUAAAGAACAGGUUUAUGUUCUUCUAUGAUUAACGAGAAUGUCAUGUAGAAAUUGUGCAAGAACUUCUUGUUACAAAUGGCAUAGCCUUUUUUUUUCCAGAAGCCUUACUGUGAAAAGAACUGAAAACCAGUAUCAAGACUCCAACAGCGUCUACUUUGGUUUGAGAGUGACGUUUCCGGUGUAAUUGAUCUUGCAUCAAGUUCUAUAUUUAUAUUUAACGCUGAUUCCUUUCAAUAAAAUGUCACAGUUAGCUUUUGAAAAGAAGAAAUAGCAGAUUCUGUUCCAUAUAAUUGUACCUUUUGGUCUACUUUUUAUCUGACAAAUCUUUUCCCUGAAUCUGUUGUCUGGAGUUACUUAAGACCCAUAUGCAUUUGUUCCAAGUGCAUCACAUUUGUUUUCCACCACUGGAAUCAGACUAAAUUCAUUUUGACCUUACUGUUCAAGUUCGCAUGUUUUGCUAGUGUAACAAAAAAAAUUGCUGAGAUCAUUCUUUUUUCCAAAAAAAACGGGGUGUGAGUUGGCAGAGGGGAGGGGUGCAUCACAGGUUUUAAUCAACAGUAGGCAGAUAGUUUUUUGCCAACUCAGUGGGCAGUUUUAUGCUUGCCUCGACUGAUUCUUGACUUCUCGAUGGGAGCAGCAUUUUGGUCACUCUCCAUGGCCCUUGUGGAAAUGGGAAAUGAUUCUUUAGUUUGCCCUUUCAGCUCUAGAAAAUAGAUCCUAACUCAAUACAAUUCAACGCCAAAGGAAUUAAUAAGUUAUUUGAACUAUUUCAUUAGUACUGUAUUACAAUUUCUUAUCAUUUGUAGUACUACCUCCGUUUCAGGUUAUAAGACUUUCUACCAUUGUCCACAUUCAUAUAGAUGUUAAUGAAUCUAGUACACAUAUAUGUCUAGAUUCAUUAACGUAUAUAUGAAUGUGGGCAUUGCUAGUAAGUGUAAUAAUAUGAAACGGACGAAGUAAAUCUGAUUGUUUACAUGAUUUGAAAUCUUAUUUUUACAACAUAUGUUUCUGCAGGGUUGUUGCUCUCCUCCAAGUGGCAUCCAACGGAACAGUAAAUGAAAUUAGAGCUGAACAAGAUAUCUCUUGGGUGUAUUCUUAUUUAUCUGUUGGGAACUUCAACCAAAUAGGUUCUCAGAAUUGGCUUCAAAGUUCAAACCCAUGUGCUUUCUGCUCGUUUGACAUACCCACUAUAUACAUUUCACACCAUUCCACUCAUUUGCAAUGGGGCCUCACCCACCUAGUAGUUAUUCAGAUAAAAAAACUUGCCAAAAUGUCCCACCAGAAAAACCCAGCUCCACGAGUUUCUGCCAUCCACAAUUUCCGCAGCACUUACUUUCACAUCCAGCAUAUGCAAUGAAUUUCCCUUUCCCGCCGUUUCCUCACUAUCCUCCAUACUCGCAAAAUUUCCAAUAUGCUGUUCCACCACAAUAUGCUCCAUACUCAUUACCGCCACCUGAUGGAGCUAUGCCAUCACCAUAUGUACCAGCUACAGUUAUGCCAUCCAAGGCACCCUCUGAUCAAGGCACCCCACAUUCAGUAACUGGUCCAGGACAACAAGAUGAUGACGAUGCUGAACCUGAGAGGACUGCUAGGCGACUAGCAUGGACAGAAGAGGAAGACAUUAGAUUGAUAAGCACUUGGUUGAUUAACUACAAGACUGACAAGUACUGGGAUAAGGUUGCAGCAGAAUACAACAGUGCAACCCCCGGAGCUCGGAGAAGGGAAGUGAAGCAUUUGAAGAACCGCUGGCAGAGGAUGAUCAAUAAGGUGGCACAUUUCAAUGAUUGUUGGUGCCGGGUCAUGGCAAAAUAUCCUAGUGGCCAGUCAGAGGGCAUGCAACAGAUGGACAAAACUUGGCUGAUGUAUAAUAAGGAAGCACAUGUGAUGUAUCUCGAAGAAGCGAAGCAUAAGUUCACCUUUGGCCAUUGCUGGAACGCUGUUUGGGACCAACCCAAGUGGAAAGAAUACAUCUCUUCUUUCUCCGCAAAAAGAGUGAUGCGAUCUGAGUCCGGUGGUUACGUGUCAUCUUCGGAAGACUCUGAAGAUAUGCAAGAAGGAAAAUGCUUAGUGGAUCCUCUGGACAUGCUUCCCAAGAACCAUGAAGAUAUGACAGAAGUCCAGCCGUCUGUCUCAAAUCAAAAGAAGCAAUUAGAACUAUUGACAGCUGAUGCGUCGUGGCCUAUUGAAUUUCAGCUUGGGAGGCACCAAUUGAUGACUGGAACAUCAAAAUUGAACGAACAUCAGCAGGGGGUGGCAGUGAGGGAUGAAAUGCUUGAAAAAGAAUCGGGCCCACAAGAUUUUGAGGUGCUAGACAAUGAGAGAGUGGCAAGGGAAGAUGAACCUAAAAAAGAAACACAGCCUCAUCAAGGUUUCAAGGCGCGAAAGGUCAAUCGGAAACGUAAAGGCAAGGCAUCAUCUUCUUCAUGUGAGGUGCAGGAAGACAUCAAACAUGCAUUAUAUCUUCAGACCAUGCUUAACAAUGAUCGUGAGAAAAUGUCAGAGGUACAGCUCCGCCUCUCGAAAGAGCAGCUUGAAUUGGCCAGAAUAAAGCAGGAUGAAGCGAAUGUAAAGAAAGAAACAGCACUUUACAUGAAAUACACAGAGCUGUUGCUGGCAGACACUUCAAGGUUUGAUGAGUUUCAGAAGGCAGAGUAUGAGAAAGCAUUGAAGCAUAUAGGAGGGAUACUAUUUAGCAAGGAUGUCAAUUAGUGCCCUCGCAACAAUUUAUCUUAAGCAUGCAUUUCUGUGCAAAUAUCAUCCCAACAACUAGUAAUAGAUCGUUUUGUUCUACUUAACUGAAGGAUUGCCUCCACUAACACCUGUGUCUGUGUUAGGUUUAAUCAUCUCUAGCAAGAUUUAACAGAGAUUAGUACUGAUUGAAUCGUGGAAGUGAUGGAUCAAUAUGUAUUUAGCUAUUAGUGGCUUAUCUAAUUUGCAACUGACCUGUGCAAAGAAUGAACUAGUGGCUUGUCUUGGAGUGAUGGUUGAAGGCAAAUUGCAAAUACUUGAAAGUUAACCCAAGCAGGUCUUACAUUGUUCUCUGCCACCGAAAACUCGCACGCCCUACAUUGCUGUGUUGGAGUUAUCACUUGCUAGAACAUAUUGGGAUGCAAUCACCCGUCAAUUGUUCAGUCAUCGCCUCAAAUGGAUGCUUCUCUACACUCUAUCACACAGUUUUUCCCGUUGCAUCUCAUGCCAACAGCAGAAAAAAAUUGCUUCUCGACUGCACAAAAGCAAUAGGUCUGACAGCUUUUAUCUUAUUUCAGAUAAUGUUUUAUGGUGGCUUGAUUAAUUCUGUGGUUCUACACCUAUGUGACUAUUGUGCUAUUUAUUUUAGGGUAUGCAUAUGAAAUAUAUGUAGGUGUCACAUCGUUAGAAGGAUUGGAUUCUGUGGUUCUACAACUGUGACUAUUGUGCUAUUUAUUUUAGGGUAUGUAUAUGAAAUAUAUGUAGGUCAGUAGGUGUCACUUCGUUUUUUUUUUUUUUUUUUUAGAAAAUGGUGUCACUUCGUUAGAAGGAUUGGUUUGAAUGAAUACAAAGUAGCUAGGUGGUUUAAUGUGUUAAUUUUGACGAACAUUUACACCCAUCCAGUGCCAUCAGUAGCAUCUGAAGUCCAGUAGAUGAGCUCUGCCUGAAGCCCCUAAAAAGAGUCAUUUUGAAGUUUUGAAGGGAGGUUUUUCCUAUACACUAUCCAACCCACAAAGAGCAAAACACAUUUUCCUUCGAGUACAUAAUGAAUUAAGCGAACCAAAUUUCCUACGAGAAUACCGCUUCACAACUUGUUCAAGCAGAUAAAUCUCUGAAUGCUGAAAUCCAUUAUGCAUUGUUCAGCCGGAAAAAGAACAAUAAUGAGAUUACUCCUGUACAGUCUCUUGCAUAUAAACCUCUAUUAUUUUAAUACACUGUAGUAGGAGCCUCUUCUGCUGUUUCUCGUAAAAAAAUAAUCAGAUGUACUGCUCAAUAACAAGAGAAAUUGCCUUCUUACAGUUUUUUGGCCCUAAUGAUGGAGUCAUGAAGUCGUCAACUUCUGGUGCAUAGAGGACCAUUCAUACAUAGCCUCAUUUGAUUGUCUAGCAUCCUUUGGAACACAGGAUUUUUUUUUUUAAUUUUCAAACAAGGAAUAGAAAAAUGCAGGAUUGAGGUGCCAUGACUUGUUGAAUGCCAUACGAAUUGUACAGAAUGCUGUUUGUAUGCCUCACGGAAAAAAAAUACAGGAAAUUUAAUAAGAUUUAUAUGUUGAUUUAUUAGAGAGAGAAGGGAGUAAGAUAGAGAAGAAGUGCAUUGGAGUUCUCGAGGGGAUUUGUAAGGCAAGACCAUAUGUUAGAAUUCCUCCAAACUGUGGAGGAAUUUUUACUAUCCUUAAAAAUUAUUUUGAACCAAUUUCACAAUAUUUAUUGAUCUCUCCUAGGAAUUUCUCGUUUGGAUCGAAUUCCUCUAGUUUUCCAAUGGAGUCCCUUCAAUCCAAAGUAGCCCUUAGCCAUUCUUGUAUAAACUGUGAUCUCCUGAUGUCUCCCAAGUCGAAAACAACAACUACAUGUAUAUAAGUAUUGCAGAGCUGUAAUUCUUGAGAUAAAUCUUUUGGAUUCACAUCGUUUUAAGCUGAAAGAGUGGGAAAAUAACACUCCAACUUGAUUUUAGAGAGAGCACAAGAUGCCAAAAUGGCAGAUUGGGGAUGCAAAUAGUGUAAAUAAUAGAGAAUGAUGGAAUUCGUUGAACUGAUAUAUUGAGUGUCUCAAGAUAGGUAUAUAUAGAGGGUAAUUUUACCAUCCUUAAGAAGGUACCAUGAGGUUCUGUAAAAUUUAGUACCGCGAGAUACAAAAAUUUAGUGUAAAAUUUAACUAACUCCCGCCAGCCGCUCUCCUUUCCCCCGCCGGGAUUCUCAAUGAGUUCCCCACCGGCUACCUGUCAUUGUUGUGCGUGUUGUCACCGACCCAUCUGAUUUGGAUUCGGAGUCAUCACCAACUCUCCAUUUGGUUAAGGUAAUGUGGCAGAUGGUUAGGGUAAACUUUAGGAAGGCUAGCAAGAUUAUUUAUUUCCCUAAUCGAUUAAUUACCGUCCUAGCUUAAGGUUUUAAGGAUGUGCUAUAGCUAGCUGCCAUAGAAUAGAGAAAGACAUGUCUGAAGUUUAUGUUAUUUGCUAUCGAUUAGAGAAACACAUGAUUGUUUGAAUGGUAUUUGAUCUUUGCUAUCGACUACAACAAUAAAGUUUGCUAUCGAAGACAUAAAAACAAUAAUCAGCUUUCUUGAGUAUAACCUGGAGUUUUGGCAACUAUUAAUCAGCUACUAAUGGCAUGAGCACACUGUCUCCAAAUUUAGUCUCUUUAGAUUGUUCAGACUAACAAGUGAACAUAAUGACAAUAUGUUCUGAUUUUGAUUUGUCGCUACCUUAUGGUGUGAGCAGUUAGAAGCAAAAUAAUUGGUUUUGUCAUAUAGUUAAGCUUCAAAUUGUGCAUAUAAGAAUAAUUAGAUCUGAUUACUCGUAGCAAUAUAUGAAGCAUGGCGUGAUGGGCUGGAUUGGUGUGCAAAUGGAGAUUCUGUAAUUCAGGCUAUUGAUGAAUUGAAUAGGCAAAGGAAAAGAAUAUCAGUUCGAGUACUAUAAUGUAUUCAUAUGUGGAGUGUCUAAAUGCAAUACUGUAACUGAAACCUGUUGUCAUGUCAGUUUUGGGCUCUCCAUCUUGAUCCAAUAUGCACAAUAGUGUCCAGAUACUGUGUACCCAUCUGUGCAAGGAAAACGUUAGGGAGUCUUCUUCUUUAGCUAGAUUUUCUAUUUUCCCUAAUAGAUUAUGUACCUAGUUUAAGGAUUUGCUAAUUUCUAUCAAUUAGAGAAAGAAAGGAUGUCUCGUGGAGAGAAUGCGUGCAGGUGAUCUAACUCCUAUAUAAUUGUUGUAUUUAGCACCAUUAUAUAUCUUGAAUGUAUUAUGAAGAGAUGAGUUUGUCUACCUUAAGAAAGUUUUGUUUUUACCUUGUUCUUUCAAAUAUUCAGUUAGGAGUGCAUCCUGAUGUAAUUCAUUUUUAAUCACAUUUUCUCAACCUGCAGAAUCUGAAGAUUAGAACCUCAUCACCAUUUGCCAUAAUCCAUUCAAGCAGAGCAGUUGCUAUGAAGUCGAUACUUGGACAUGCUGUCCUGAAUUUUGUUGUUCUAUGAUGGCUUCCAGAAAUUGCAAGAGCACAUUAUUGA